AUAAAGGGAGAUGAGAGGGAAAGAAUGUUCCAUUCUCCUAAUGGAGUAACUUCAAAGAAUACCACUCCAAUGAAAAUGUGGCAGAACAAUGAAAUAAAACAAACUCUUUUUUUCAUUUUAGGAUUUAUUGUUGUGUAUUUAUAUAAAAAACGAAAAAUCAGUAUGGUGCCCAAUAUAGGAUUUGUUCACAUGAGUUGCCUCACAGUGUUCUGCUCUGUUUUCUUUAUUACUUUUGCGAAUAAUCAGGGACAAAAUGGGACAUCAGCUGAAAAUUUAUCCUGUGUCAUUUACACAGUUCGUGUUACCUCAAUGAAUUGCACUUGGGAUACUGGCAGGAAUGUUCCUAAAGACGUCCAGUAUUUUCUAUACUUGAUAUAUCACGAAAACGAUGGCGAAGAGACAGAAUGCCCCCAGUACAAAAAUAAUAAACUUGGAAGACAUGUUGGGUGCCAUUUUCCUAAUAUAAAAGUUCCUGGGAAUCAUAUUACCCUCAGAGUGAAUGGAUCAAGCGAAGAAUCACUGGUUCAGCCUUUGGAUCAGCAAUUCUGGCCUUUUGAUCAUGAAAAACUUACUCCACCAGCAGAUAUCACUUGGAAUUGUCAUGAACAGCCGUGGGGAUGCAAAGUACAAUGGAAACCCCCUCCCUGUGCCUUUAAAGAUAACGCAGACUACUGCUUUAAGUACGAAAUAAAGGAUGAAAUCAGAGGCCAGAUUUCAACGUUAACAAGUGGACAAACCCACCAAAAUUACACGGUACGUGGGAAAUAUUCAUUGAGGCUCCGUGCAGCUGGACAGUAUUGUCCCAUUGGGACACAGUGGAGUGACUGGAGUAAACCAAUUGUGUUUGGUACUGACCCCAAUCCAUUUCCUACAGAAUUAUUAAUAUUUGUAGUACUUGGGACCGUCAUAACAAUCUUGCUCCUGAUUUUGAUCUGGAAAAGAUUCCACAUAUGGAGAUGCCUAACUUUUCCAGUUCCACAACCAAAAGAUGUUCUUUGGCAAUAUGAGAAUGUGAAAACAUGGGUGGACCUGAUGCCAGCAGCAGAUGAAAAAAUAACAGUGGUUGAAGAAAUGAAUUGUGAAUUGCAAAAACAAUGAGAUUUUCACUAGCCAGCUGCUACCCCAAAUAAAUUAGGGAAAUGCUAUUAUUUUGGUGCUUCCUUUCGUCUCAGCUGCAAAUGCAUGUAUACAAGUACAAAAGCUGCUACUCAAGCACACUGGAAGACAAUGCCAGGGAUAGGUUUCCUAUGCAAGUAACAGCUAGAGAAAGAAGCUUGUGCUUGUGUGUGUGUGUAUAUAUAUAUAUCCAACUGUAGGGGCCAACACAGAAAUCAAGUCAGCUGUCAUUUUGCUACACAAGGAAGUGGCAAUGAUGACAGCAAGGUAGAUGCAGCUGAACUAUCUACACAAAAUUUCUGUCCCCUAAAAUAUAAAGGGUUAUAGAUUGGGUGCACUAAAUUCAGAAGGGUUGGGGAACUUAACUGUUUGGGAAACACUACUCUAAAGGACAGGGGCUACUGUAAUGUUUGUAGUCUAUCUUUGCCAUGCUUCAUCGAAAUCAAGAUAUCAACAUUUUCUUAAGAUGCCCACUGCUCCAAUAAAUGAGCCUUAUUGGCCAACAAGGCUUUUUGACAACAAGCCUGUUAAGACACUCAGUUGAUUAGCUAAUCUUACAUUUUGCUGGUUUUUAUUGCCAGCCAAGCUUUAAGUGAUCAUUAUUGUGAUACUUCCGCAUUCAUGUGUUGUGAUUUUAAGUUUUAGUGUAUUGAUGUCUUGUGCCCUGCACUGAGAUUUUACAAAUAUCAUUAGCGUUUU